AUGCCGUCACAAUUAUUUUUCAGGAAAGCUACGUCAGAAAUGGAAAAGCCACCUCCCUCCGGGAAGCCUGUUAAAAGCAAACGUGUGGAUGACGGUGAGUCGGAUAGCUACUCUGACGAAUCCGAAGAUAAAAUCGAGUCUAAAGAUGACAUCGAACCAGUUGCAAAGCCAGAAAUUAAGAUAUUUCCAGGCUUUCAGCCUAACGACGUAACACUGGUAGUCGAGGAAAAACAUCUUCAUUUAAAUAAAGAUGUACUCUCAUCAGCUUCACCUGUUUUUGAGGCUUGGCUUAAAAAAGAAUGGCAACAAGACGAAUGCAGUGACGAUACAAAAAGGGAGCUGGAGACCCUGGACGUAUCAGGUUUUGGUGUUGGAGGAAAGCCGGUGUUCACGGAGAAAAACCACCGACGUACCGCCAAUGAAACAAUCGAUACAGUGCUCCCCUUAGCAGAUGAGUAUCAGACAGAAAAUUUGAUCACAGAAUGUGUUGAUGUCAUCCGACAACGCGUGGAGUCUGUCUACGAGGUAGAUAUAUACAUACCGCCAUCUCGAAUUGUCACCUACCUACUCUGGAUUGACAAGUACAACCUUCAUACAUUGAGAAAAGCGCUUGUGGAACUAACUUCGUACAUGAACAUCGAAGAAGUAGAAAACGAACCAGUCUACGAAAAUUUCGGGCUUCAACUAAAGCUGGAGAUGUCUAAUGCUAGAGCCAAACUUUUUGCGAGUCUACUUGUGAGCAAUGUAACUGAAGCAAAAGAGAGAAUAUAUCGAUUUAAAAUCCCGCAUUCCUCUUAUUAUUUGACCGAGUGGAGACAGCAUGUAGCCAAACUUGUCAAAGCGAGGUUGGAGUUGCCAACAUCCGAUUACAUAUCAUGGCCGGAAACGACCGCUUACAAAAAGACGCGAGGUUAUACCAUCAUUGAACCGGAAAUAAAUGAAGAGAUUUUUGACUCUUUUGUAUGCCUGGAUAUUUGCGAUAGGCUUAAAAUUUUGGAAAGCUAUGCAAAAGCCAUAGAGAGGAUAAAAUCACUAGGAAUAGGAAAGGCACAUUUCAAAUUGAUUUGGUCAACAUAUUAUUUAACUGACAUUAAUAAUGCAAGUGCUUCCAUGGAACGACUUUCGCUUGAGAUGUGCAAAUGCAAUUGAAGUCUUCGAAUGGGACGUUUUUCGUAUGGAUAGAAAUUGAGUUCAGAAGGUACUUUCUUUUGCAUUUGAAAUCGUUGCGACAGAAAAUGAAAGUUGACUUUUA